AUGGCCUCGCGCAACAUCAACAUGACGCACACGGCGAGGCCGUCCAUGUCUUCCAGCUCAGGCAACGCGACGAAAGCGCGGCAGUUGACGCACCUCCAUUCGCAGCUUGCCCAGCUGUCGGCUAACCUUGCCGACACGGAGAACCUAGUUCGUAUGACGAGUGUGCAGGCCGAGAGCAUGCGGGGCCUCGGCGCGUGGCACGGGGGAAUGUUCAUGGCCGCGAGCAAGGUCCUCGGAGAGGAGGCGAUCAACCGCGACGCGGCGGCGCAGGCUAGGGGGGGACAGAGAUGA